AUGGGACGGCUUCCGCCUGCUGAGAAGCUCUCCCUCGCCGUGCGCAAGAACGUCCGGGACGAGUGGGAGAACAAGAAGGCCGACCUGGAGGAGCAGCUCUCUGGUGUCCUCGGCACUGCUUGGACUAUCGAUAUUCAACCAAAUGCCAUCUGGCCCUACCACAACGAUGGUUACGCCAAGGAGUCGCUCGGAAGCUGCAUCAAAGCCGUACCCCAACAACUAAUGCUCCCCAGCUACGUCGAAGGCGCUAUUUACCAGAUCAACUACAUCGUCAACAGGUACGGCGACGACUUCAAGAAAGAGGUCAACACCAUCUGCGGCGCGCAUAUCCUGAGCAUGGACCUGGAGGAGGCUCAGCCCCCUCGCUUCUCGUACGGCGGCUGCGAUGUGCUGGACGGCAAGCUGCGCAUCCUCUUCGUUGAGUCCAACCUGGGCACCAACAUCGAUUACUGCUGCCAAGAAGAAGCCCUCACCAGGGCGCUCAACGAGGCACCCGGCGACACGCCCAUGUCCUUCAAAGUCCGCAUGGGCAUCCGCACCGACUACGACCCCAAGAUCCACGACGUGCGCAGACAGAUUGCCGGCAUGCUGGGCAAACCCGAGGACGCCGUCACGCUCACCCCGAACUUCGAGGCCACCUUCGCCAAGCUGGACGCGGCCGUCAAGGCGGGCAACAGCGAUGUGCGGGACGACUGGCAGCGCAACCUGGCCGACUUCACGUUCCGCUACUUUGACGCGCUGGCGUACCAGAUGAAGUACAUCAAGGUCGGCGAGGAUGAGCUGGUGCAGGAGGGCGUGCUCGAGGCCGUCAGCACCAACGAGUACGCCUUCCGCAUCGUCGACGAACUCAAGCACGACUCCUACUGUGAGGUGGACAUUGAGGAUGGCGUGCUGUACCUGCAGACCACGCCCGGCAAGUUUGGGAUCAACAUUGACUAUGUUGCGUCCAAGCUGAUGGACAGGCUUUGA